CUUGUCUAUAAUCAAUGACAGGAAUAAUAAGUGCUAAAAGGCGGAAUUGUUGUAUUUUGUUAAAAUACUUUAAUGUUCCUUCUUUAUUCCCACUUAUUAUCUUCGCUGGAUCAUGAUGUCGACCACCGAAGGCGAGCUUGACGUCGAGGUGUCUCAUGAACGUGAAGAGGGAGAGUUGGAGGAUUCAGAUGUGGAAGAGGGCACGUAUAUACCGCUGGAGCGGCCGGAGGCGUUCAACCCGCCGUCGCUGGUGAACAUGCAGAUACAAGACGAGCUGAGCGACGAGGGUUCGCCGCAGGAGUCGUCAGGGUCUGACUCGGAGGAGGAGCCGCGGCGGCGACCGAAGCGCACGAAGCUGAGGCCGAAACGCCCGCAGCAGUCGCAGCCGGACAAAAAAGACAAAUAUAAUGUUUGGUGCAAAGCAUUGCAGGAAGACUUACUAACAGAAGACAUGGUCAGCUGCGAUGUCUCUAAAAAAAGCAGAUAUGGCGUUGAAUCUUAUGAUUAUACUAUUAAGUAUAGAUUAGAUGAUAGCUAUAUUCCUAAGAAUGUAUUCACAAGUAAUAACUUGGAGGAUGAAAAUACGUCAAAGAAACGGAGGCAUUCAGAGAGGUCUAAUGUAAAACUGAGGCUCGGUAAAAGACCAAUGAAUGAAGAUCAUAGUAGUAAGCAGCAGCCGAGGGUACUAGAUGAUUUGGUGGCGACUUCUGAGGAUCCUAUAGAAGUAAUCGCUUUGGAAAUUGCAGAGAAGUUACAGGAAGAGAAGACAGAAUUAGUAGGUAGAAUUAUACAGGUACUAGGCGCAAGCAAGGCUUUAGAAAUAUACAAGGAGACACAGAGGGUUGAGGCUGAUGGAGGCAUGCUGGUCAUGAACGGCACCCGUCGACGGACGCCCGGCGGCAUCUACUUCUUCCUCCUGAAGCGGGACGACGAGAUCUCGCAGGAGAUGAUCAACCAGAUCUUCAACGAGGAGCGCAAGGAGACCGCGCGGCGUAUUAAACGGGCGCGGGCGAAGAGUCGCCAGAAGGUUAUGGAACAGCUUAAACAGAGUCUCACAGAAUCGGAGCUCCCCACUCUCCUGUCCCGCGGCGAGGCCACCGUGCAGACCCCGCACGGGUCCAACCCGCCCCCCUCCCCCGCCACCGACGCGCGCGACGGCUCCUCCGACACCGACGCGCCCGACGCGCCCCCCUCACCCUCCCCGUCCCCCUCCCACUCCCACACGCAACCGGCGAGGACCGAGCGAGGUUUGCACAACUACGAUGAUGAUGAUUACCUGGAGGUUAUGUGUAAUGAUGAUAUGGAUAUGUUCUAGAAUGUUGGCCCCGGACGGUUCUCGAGGGUAUGUUGGGACUUAAUAAGAUGGAGUGUACUUGAGGCCUGAUUUGAUUGAACCAAAAUUGGGUAGUGUUUCAACCACUUAAUUUCUUGGAACAUUUUUGAUAAUAUGUGACGUUUUCAACCAAACGGUACGACAUUGUCGCUUGAUGAUAAGGUUGAUUUCUAAUUGAAGCUAUAUGGAAAUAGCGCCUUACUGACAAGCGACAAUAAGUACCCUUUUGGUUGAAAAUGGCACAUAUUUCAAAUUGUUAGGUAUUUGCUGGGAACAUCUACUACAUAAAUAAUGUGUUUAAAAUCAUGUUAUGAUCUUAUGAUGAGGUUGAAACGCCGAUAACCCUAUAAGGUGAACAGAAAAAUUGAGAUUCUAUGUUGAUGGUUCUCAGUUGAAUUAGUAAACUAAGCUAUGUUUUUUGAUAUCUCAAAUAUUAUAAUGGCUUAUUUACUAUCCAAUCAUCCUGCUUUGUCAAAGGACUGUCUCAUUUCAAACAUAGACAGAGAAAAUCAUACUAUCUUUGUCUUGAUAGCACCCAAAAGAAAAGGAUGAGUUCAGUUUUUUUUUGUUCUUAUUUACUGAGAAUUUGUUUUGACUAACUCUAUGUAUAAAAAUCAGUUGAAAAAAUGGUGGCAAUCCACCUGUCAUUCUAAUAUGUUAGACAUGGUUUCACCGGUAUAACUAUCUUAUACUAGAUUGUUAAACUGUAUUCUAAUAGUUAUUUAAGGUCAUCCAUCUGCCUUUCUAUCAAUCCAUUAUGGCAAAAUCAAAAAAGAGAGACCGGAGUACAUUGAGGCUUUGAGAUUGUCAAUUUAUGCGAGAAUCGUCCCAAUAUAAUAAAUAAAUGUAAAAAACAAUAUACCUUACUGCCCGCGUGCAAAUAAUUUGAAUUUGUGGGGCUGUGUAUAUCUGUAUAUCACUUGUUUCAUUGAAGCAACUUUGAAUAAUUGCUGAUUAAAAAUUGACCUUUUAAACAAUCAGUUAAUAUACCGCCAUUUACAUGUUUUCUACCUACUGGCAUGCCAUGAAAUUGUUUAAAAUAAAAUUGAAUCUUUUGCCUACGUGUUUUAGGUCGUUAUUUGGAUAUUUAUACGACGAAAAGGCACGAUUUUUGACGGGUAUAUCCGGAACUGGUUUUUUAAACGGUUAAUGACAAAAACUAUUUAUAGUUUUUUCAAGUGAAUUGAGAUGUUGAUUAUUGAUAAUGGUGAAUUUGUGACUGGUGCCCGUUUCGUUAUUUAGUUUAAGAUGUAUACUAAGUAGAGAUGGGCCGAAUGGUAAUGUUCUUAUUCGGCCGAAUAGUUCGGUUCGCGCUGCCGAAUAUUUACCGAAUAAACAAACUUUUUUUAAGGGCGUCCACUAGCUGGCGCGGGUGCACUUCACGAUCGGAGAGCCUACUACGAAGACCGAAGUUGGCAAAUUGCGGGCAUAUUUCUCGUUCACUCCAAUUAUGGCCUAAUUAAGGUGACAGUGAAAGAAGCCCGCAAUUUGCGAACUUCUGUGUUCACGCUUGGCCCUCAGGCAUGAGACGGUUCCGUUUCUUUUCAUAAAAUUUCCCGAUCGGUCAGAAGGGGAAGGAUCAAAAACACGUGAUGAGUGCAGACCGCGGACCUGUAUGAACUUGUUUUCAGCUUUUUAGGCAGUUUUAGCCCAACCGAAUAUUCGGUUCGGUAUGAGCUGAACCGAAUAUUCGUAUUCGGCAAAGUCCAUGUUCGACCCAUCUCUAAUACUAAGGUCAGUCCAGUACCAAUAAAAAGUUUUAACCUUUUGUCCAGAGGUUAAAAUAAAUACCUUUACCUCCUUCUACUUAAUUAUUAGCCACUCGGUUUAAGAAACUAACUCUUACCCGAUGACAUCGUUGUCAAUUUUUUUUAUUAUUUUUCUUAUAUCUAUUGUUUACUCGUAAACUAUUUGACUUUAUUAGAGAAAACCUUUGGUGUUGAGUUUAUUGAUACUUUUGUACCGACAAUGAUGCUUUGUUUGUGUUGACAGUUGCUUUUCGACAAUGUGUUACCUAAUUUUCAGGUAAAAAUUAUGUUCCUGGUGAUGUAAAAUAAAACUAAGGGAGGUAGCUAAAUUGUGGCAAAAGUUGUUAGUAAAUAUUUGAUUAUUCGGUGAACUGACCAUACAUUUAUAAUUAGGAUUAAAUCAAUUGUAAUUGACAUCAAACUGAUACAAAAGUAGGGUUGUAUAUAUCGAUAAAAGUUUCUUACAUUAUCUGAAACCAAAGGAGAGGUUCAACACUGGUACGAAGAAAAAUAUUGUAGGUUUUUAUAAAUAUUGAUAUUGAUCUCAAAAUUUGGAAUUGAAGGCGACGAAUUGACUUUUUCAGCUUGAUCUUGAUUUUGUAAUUAUAGCUGAAUUCCUAAUUCUUAAGCAAAUCUCAAAUUAAAUUGUGUUUGGAGAUUAAUCGAGGAGAAGAACAGUAAAAUAAACAGUAUCGCCAACCAUUUGACCAGAGAGAAUGCUAAAUAAUUAUUAUAGAAGUACUACCUACCUACUCAUGUACGUUAUUGGCGCUGUGGGCAAGAUACGAGUAACUUACGCUCACGACACCUAAGGCUCUUAUAUAAAAAACUUAUCCAUAUAAUUUUAAUGGUACAUUUUGAGACGAAAGGGGCUAAUUGUAACUUUUAAAUAAAAGCAACUGCCAUGUAAAUUCGAUAUAAUGUAAAAGUAAGCUGUAAAUGUUAUGGUCAAGAAAUCAAUAUCCGCCUAAAAUUAUUUUUUAUAACGAAAAUUCAUUGAUGUUCCACUCGUAGCGUUAGACAAUAACUUAGUUCUGAAAUGCCUCAACAUAGAUAUUUAUGUAUGUAAUUAAUUAGAAUAUGUAUGCUCUAUCUACAUAGGGUAAAUCGUAAAUAACUGGCCACCUUAUACUAAAAAUGAAUUCUAUUCACCUAUAAAGAGAAUUCAUUUUAGUAUAAGGUGUCAAUAACUAGCCACCUUAUACUAAAAUGAAUUCUGUAUAUAGGUGAAUAGAAUUCAUUUUUAGUUUAAGGUGGCCAGUUAUUAAACAGUGGCCAGUAAUUGAAGAAUUACCCUACUUUCCUCUUAGUUGUACGCCGAAUGUGUCACCGGAUCUACAAUGCGUUUACGGACAUUGUGAAGUGAGUAGGAUUAUGCAUAGAACAGACCUACUUUAUAUAAUAAAUUUUAUAUAAAAAAUAA